GAAUCACAUCACACAAGCAAGUGACAGUUCGCGAACAUUAACCAGAGAAAUCUCCACGAUCGUAAAUUUUCCCGAUACACGCGACAGCGCCACUGUCUUUGCUGAAAGUGAAGCUAAAAUUUCAUCACAAUUCGAAUUCCGCGGAGAACACGGCAAGUGAUAGGUAGUGACUAGCAAGUAGUGGAACGAUGAUAAUCUACACAAAUGCGGGCAAUCCGUUUGGGCUGAAGUUGCUGAUUUGUGCAAAAUUUGCCCGAAAAGAGGUUGAGGUCAAAAUAGUUUCACUGAAUGACGCUGCCAUCAAAACCAUCAAACAGCUGCCCAUCCUGCAGCUGGAAAGCGGUGUCCAGCUGUUCUCCACCGAUGUUGCCGUGAAGUUUCUGCUACAGGGGGAAACUCCGGUCAUCCAGCGGGAUGAAUGGCUCGAAUGGUCCACCACCCGGUUGGCACCGGCGCUCACCCACAAUAUGGCCGUUGGCGGUCGGCAGGAUCCAAGCGCAAAGCCCAUCCUUAACUCUCUGGUUAAAUUCUUGGACGAUUGUUUGAGCAAAAACACCUACCUAACGGGGGAGAAGCUGACUUCGGCGGAUAUUUCCGUUUGGAGUCUGCUCGCUCCGGAUGGCACCCUGAAGGGUGCGCAGAACAUCGAUAACCUGCUCCGCUGGUAUCGGGCUAUCAAUGCUAUGCCCGAGGUAAAAGAAGCUUUAGAGCAGCUUCCAUUGAAGGAACUACAUUUCGCCUCUCUGCUACAUUCGAAUCGGUAUGGCGGCUUGCAUCAUAUUGUGUUAGAUCCGGAAAUUAUCGACUUCGAGGGACAGGUCCUGGUUGAUACGUCAGAUAACAUUGCGGCAACUGUGCAGAAAGAUGAAAUUGAAUUGGCUAAAGCCAUGUUCACGUCCGUUGUGGAACGUGUUGAAAGCGACGCGAAGGUUGUUCUGCCCAAAUCGGGUCAGAAGAACAAUUUGAUUACCUCUGCUCUGCCCUACGUGAACAAUGUGCCCCAUUUGGGAAACAUCAUUGGUUGUGUGCUCUCGGCGGAUAUGUUUGCAAGAUAUUCCAGAAUCUGUGGCUAUAACACGUUGUACAUCAGUGGUACGGAUGAAUACGGAACCGCUACUGAGACGAAAGCAUUAGCCGAGAACAUGAGUCCGAAACAAAUUUGCGACAAGUACUUCGAAAUUCACAACUCGAUCUACCGUUGGUUUGGCAUUGGUUUCGAUUACUUCGGAAGAACUACGACGACGGAGCAGACGCAGAUUUGCCAAGAUAUGUUCAAAGAUCUGUACCAUGGAGGAUUCAUCGAGACCCGGGCGGUCGAUCAACUGCUUUGCCAAAAGUGCGAUCGCUACUUGGCGGAUCGUUUUGUGGAGGGCACCUGUCCGCAUCCGGGAUGCGGCUAUGAGGAUGCCCGUGGCGAUCAAUGCGAUGCCUGCGGUAAGCUUAUCAAUGCUAUUGAGCUAAUCCGUCCGCGCUGUAAGAUUUGCGAGACUUCUCCGAUCAUUCGACAGUCGAGCCAAUUCUUCCUGGAUCUGCCAAAGAUUGAACCGAAACUGCGUGAGUGGGUGGAUCGAUCCGAGCAAGGCUGGACCAACAAUGCACGCGUUAUCACCCGGGCCUGGUUGAAGGAAGGUCUUAAAUCACGCUGCAUCACUCGGGAUCUCAAAUGGGGUAUUCCUGUGCCACUUGAAGGCUACGAGGACAAGGUGUUCUAUGUGUGGUUCGAUGCACCGAUUGGUUACAUUUCCAUGACCAGUCGCUAUUGCAAGGAAUGGCAGCAAUGGUGGCAACCGGAUGAAAGCACGAAAAUUGAUCUGUAUCAGUUCAUGGCGAAGGAUAAUGUUCCCUUUCACUCGGUUAUGUUUCCGGCUAGUCUUAUUGGAAUCAACAAAGGCCACACGCUGGUGUCUCACAUCAUGGCAACGGAGUAUCUCAACUAUGAGGAUGGCAAGUUUAGCAAGAGUCGCGGUAUUGGCGUUUUCGGAAAUGAUGCCCAGGAAACUGGAAUCCCGGCCGAUGUGUGGCGUUUCUAUCUUGGUGCAGCUCGCCCUGAGGGUCAAGAUUCUAGCUUCAGUUGGAAUGAUUUGGCUGCUCGCAACAAUAAUGAACUGCUUAAGAAUGUCGGAAACUUUGUCAAUCGGGCGCUGGUGUUUUGUGAGAAGUUCUUCGAUGCGAUUAUUCCCCCCAUGGUGCUGAGCGAGGAAGAUUACACGCUUCUUGCGCUGCUGAAUCGCGAGCUGCGAGGUUAUGUUCACCAAAUGGAAAAGGCACGACUCAGGGAUGGUAUCAGGCAUCUACUUGCCGUUUCUCGGUACGGUAAUCAAUACAUGCAAUCCGAGGAGCCGUGGGUGCUGGUAAAGGGAACCGAUGAUGAGAAGGCGCGCGCUGGAACGGUCAUUGGCCUAUGCUGUAACUUUGCUUGUGUACUGGCCACAUUGAUGUUCCCCUUCAUGCCGACCACUGCCCGCAACUUAUACACACAACUGAACGUCAGCUCGGGUCACAUUGACCCGGAGAAACCACACAUUCGCAUUUUGCUACCAAGCGGUCACAAGAUAGGUAAACCAGCUGUUCUGUUCAACAAGAUUGAGCAGACCAAGAUCGAUGAGCUCAAGAAGAAAUACGCUGGAGUGCAGCAAAACACGGAGGCCAAACCCGUCGCAGCCAAGACUCCUACUGCCAGCAGCAAACUGUUCACCUCUCUCAAGGAAGCCCAGAAGGCAGUCGACGAACAGGCGGCCAAGGUGCGCAAAAUCAAAUCCACCGGAGUAGACAAGAGCGUCUUCCAGCCGGAGGUUAACAUUCUCCUCGAACUGAAGAAACAACUGCAAGCCCUGAGCCAACCGAGGACCUCAGAAAGCGCUUCCCCUCCGGUAGAUAGUCCUGUUGCCACUGUCAAAGCAAAUCCAGGGGCGAUCAAAUCCUUGGAAGCGGAAAUCGCUCAGCAAGGAGAGAAAGUGCGCACCCUGAAGGGUAGCUCCGACAAAACCGUUUGGCAACCAGAGGUCAACGCUCUGCUAGCAUUGAAACAGAAGCUUGCCCAAUUGACGGGUACAAAUACGACCUCCGCAAGUGCCGGUGGAAAGAAGAAGAAUAAGAAGUAAUCAUUAAUUAGACAGGACGAAGCGAUGAUUGAUAUUACAAUUCCCAUUUAUCAGUUUUUUUUCGUUUGUGUUCAAAUAGUUUUGAAUUGUUUUAUAAAUUGGAAAGUUAGCACCGACAAGCAAGCAAUUUAAGUUAAUGCGAAUUUAAUUGAGAAUAAAAAAUUGCAU